AUGAGAUCGAAAUCUGAAACAUUAGAAGAUCAGCCAAAACCCCUUACACUAGAAGAGAAGAAACAACAAAAAGAGGACAUGAUAACAUGCUUCAUAGUCAGCUAUCUCAUCCUCAUGCUAUGUUGCUUUUCGAUACUCCUCGCGAUGCUAGUGCCCGACAUCAAAAUAGUUCAUAUGAGUUUUACAACCGAUCUUAAUAAUAAUAUUACAACACAACAAGCUCAUUAUCUUCCUCUAGUUAGUGCUAGAUGGGAUUUAUUGAUAAGAGUCCCUGCAGAACUUGUUGGUGAUUACAUAUGCCUCCAAGGAAACCUCCUUUACAAGAAUGCUACUCUUGUUACUUCCUCUGUCCAAAGUUAUGGGAAACUCGAAGUAGGCAUGCCUCAACUUCUCAAUAUUUCUGCGGUUGCUACUGAAGAAGAUUUGGGAGGUGCAGCUGGGAGAGAGAUUAUGGAGACAAUAAAAGAGAGGAGUGAAUUGCGGUUUGGAUCGCGGUUGUCAUUUACGGAUUGUAGGGUGGAGACCGAGGAAGGUACACUGAGCUAUGACUGCGAUGAAACCAUGUUGAGGUUUGAGCAAGGCUCUAAUCAUAUUAAGGCGGCUACUUUUGGGAAGCACGCAACUUGCAUUGUUAAUCUUUAG